AUGAGGUAUUUAUAACGAAGUCAUUAUACUAAACUUAUUUUCGUGUACUCUACACUCCUCAUUUAUAGUCUAACUGUACCACUUCUUGACCAGGCUUGGUAACCAUUAGUUGCUUGGACGUUUUUCAUUUUCCACCAUAGAAUCUUAUAUUCUCCUUGUCAGGAGUGCGGCUUAAGGACACUCUUAAGAGGCAUAAUCUGGAGUGCGUCCAAUCCCCACAAAAAUUCCGAUUGUACCUUUCUGUACGGAUUUAUGGUUUUCCCGUUCAUAUCGACUACCAUGUCCCAGUUCCCUUACAUGCUUAUGAGCAUGCGUGCACAAGGCCGGCUUUCGUGGCCUGACAGCAGUUGCCUCUGCUGUUGCUAGCAUACGCUGAUCCAGUGGCUUUGGGUGGUUCGGUAGGACCUUGUAAAUCGCACGGAAGGUUGCGUUGGGGUCUACACAAUGUCCGGGAUCAACAAUGCGUGCGAGAAUGGCGUUGUCGGUUAACUGUACGCACUUCUCCGCGUCUCCGCAUCCUCUCCCCUUCCCCUUAACCCUCGCUGUCUUCUAACUCACUGUCUCUUAUUACAUCCUCCUAUUCUCACAACCUGCUUGUAUGAAACGACGGACUGUUGUCCAUUUCUCGUAUCAUUCAGACGUUUUACCUGCACCCCGUUUUCAUAUAAAUAUACUGGCCCGACGAGAAUUUAAAGAAGGCACACGUACGUUUGCCAACUAGUCUUCUGAAUUUUAAAUACAUUUUUCAAUGUUGCAAUCACUGAAGACCGACGACAUCCUGGUAGGGUCCUAUCCUGAGAUGCUGGGAAAAAAUGCCUGUGUUUUGUUCUGCAAUCAGGUCAGAUCGUUGAACAUAAUUCUCGAAUUCUUGAAGAGUCCUGCUGAAUUUAUCAUUUCAGUUGCGAGACUAGAAGGCGUUCAGAAUUCCCAGUUUUCCCCAUAAUCGGUUGUUGACGAGGUUCUCGUUUCUUAUUUUCCUCGAGACGUUAUUUGGCACCUUCCAAUCUGACCAAUGCGGACUAGCCGACCCAUUUGCCUCUUUAACCAGAGUGCAACACGUUGCCUACGUGUUCUUGAAUCCCCUGCUCGAUUAAGAAAUGCAACGGACAAAUAAACCAUUUCCGACAUGCGCAGGACUGAGAGCAAAGUCUUGCAUUUGCAGUCGAGGAACAGAAGGAUAAUCGUUGCCAUAUAGCCAAAUGCAUAGGUUGGAUAGCAGGCAAAGGGUGCCUCCGGUCGCCAUUCAGAAAAUCAGUUGUACUCAUAGAGUCAAGUUCCUCUUUGGGAAAAAUUCAUUUGCCCUUCAGUUUGCCAUGCGUCAUCACAGUCUCGAAGCUGUAAGUGCAGUCAUAACUGGAGCCACUAAAGGCCAUGUUUAUCGGUUCUGAUGUAUACUCUGGGCAUGAAAGUCGCUAAGAAGCCUCCCACAAGAAGACCGCCCAGGUAUCCUUGGAGUACGAUCCUCACCGUCGUAAUCUUUCUGCGUGCGACGGAAUCCUAGCCAGUUUCAAACUUGGGGGUUCCUUUUAUUGUAGGGUUUUUGGCUCUUAAACCGUGUUCACAUCGUUGGCAUUCAGGGGUGUCUUUACAAUUUAGACUGACGGUUUGUCUGUUCGCACAAUAGUCGUUUAAGCGAAGCGUGAUUUCCUUCAUUUUUAGGUUUAAUGCGAAACAGAUCGGCACCGUGUCGGCCCAAUGGAACUCUACUUUCGAGGGGAUUCUUCUAGUAAAACAAAAGCCCGAUGCUUUAUUCAAACGCACCGGAUGUAGAUAUACAAUUAUUUUUGAUCACCCUCCCCCAUCCUUAGCCUUCGAAGAACACUGGUGUCGCCUAAAAGGAAAUCUUCUGGUCAUUCUUCGCACCGACGACCGAACCUCAACUGAUCUUCUUGGCGUCAUUCUAUUAGAGCACUGCUCUGUAUCUCUUGUUUCCGAAGCUGACGUUCAACACGCAUUCAAAAUCGGUAUUUCUAUCCCCUUCUCACCUUUUUAUUUUUUAGAAUUUAAGUCCGGUGAUGCGUCCAUUCUCAUGGCAGCGAGGUCUGCAGCCGAAGCGAAGAUGUGGUGUAGGCAUAUAUCUGCGGCGGGCAUAUCCGAACUUGUUGCCCUCCAGGCCCAUCUUCGUGAGGAGCUGCGCAAAAGGACCGGCACAGAUCCCCUGGACCCCUUGAAUAAGCCCGCUUCAAACGCGAUGACUAUUGCCGGUACGCGUGCCCUGCUGUUCUUCUCUGUCUAA